GGUCACUGGCACUUGUCUCAUCUACAGCUCCCCCAUCCCAAUCCCCGAAACCAGCUCCCCCAUCCCAAUCCCCGAAACCAGCUCCCCCAUCCCUGCCACCGCCGGAAUCUGAAGCCACUGGCCACAACCGCCCCUACAUAGCUCUCUUUUUUACAGAUCCAUCGUUGUCCUUAGAUCUGCACUAGAUCGAAGAAGCGUUUUUGUUCAGCGCCGCCAUGGAGGAGUUUGAUACCGCCGAUCAAAAAGAUCGUCCUGCGGAAACAUCAGAUCCUUCAACAACAGCGAGCUCCAUUGAAGCCGGUGACGAGAUUUGGCGUACAAUAAGAAAGUAGAAGGAGAAGAUAUAGGCGGCGAUAGAGGUAGUUGUGGCACUGGAAGGAGUCCGGCGUUGGAGAUCGAUUGCCAUAGCUGUGCUCUCCAGAUAUGUUCGGUGCAAAGAUAGAAGGCGCAGAAGGUCCAAAUCGAUGUUGCGUGCUGUGCGAAGGAGGAGGUCUCCAAGAUGACGGGCCGGGCUGUUUAUUUAGAAUCAAAAGGUUGAAGCAGUCUCAGAAGACCUAGAGAGUUGUUGGAAAUGAGCGAAAGAAACUCUGGAUCUGUUGAAAAGCCUCGUCGAGGUUAAUGCACAAAGAAACUCUAGAUCUGAUUUUUAGCUUUCUUCAAGGUUGGUUUUCUGAUCUGCCCCCAAAUUUCAAGUUGUCUGCUUCUUUGGUCGGUCUUUGCGUCUCUUUCUCUCUGUAGAAUGUUCGUUUCCUAAAAUCAUCAGAUACCGUAGAUGGAAAUCAAGAUCAGAUGCCUUAGUUUAUACUAAUUCAUUUACUUCCCAAAUUUUCAUAGUCCAAAGCAUCAAAUUGUAUUUUAUUUUUAUUGGAAUAAUAUUGUAGUGUAUUGUUUUUUGCUUGAGAAGUAAAUUACGUUUAGCAAAAACAAGUUUGAGUUUUGCAAGCAAAUCUUAACAUAUAUUGUGGGAGGCAGGAUGAGUCAAUUAAGAUUCAGAAAUGUUAGCAUAUACUUUUGCGAGGAGAGCUCCAACUCCAACCUUUAUUAGGGACACUUGUGGGUGGCAUUGUGUCCAGCAAAAACAAUUGAAAACAGUAUUGUGAGUAUAUAAAGUUUGAUUUUUUGUUUGAUGAUUAAAGUUUGAAGCUUUAUUAGUGUAUUGUCUUUUGAAAACCAUACGACUAAAUAUUCAAUAGAUAUCGAGCAUUUAUGCUGGUUGUUUUUUCCUUUUAUACAAUAAAUAUGAUUUUCUAACUUGGGAUAUCAAAAGUCUCAAACUUCAGUGUGUUUGACCAGAACUGAUGGUUGAAUGACUCAACUUUUCUUCAGGAUUUUUUUAGUUGCAUAAUCUUUUUUUCAUUUGAUGAAGAUUAUGGGUAGUUGUAGUAUUAAGCACACAAAAGUUUGAGUACUGCAAGGAAAGCUCCAACCUUUGUUGUGGGAGAGUGCAGGGAGGUUUUAUAUCUGGUGAAGUCAAGUUGAAAUUUUAUUGGUAGUAUUUAAUUUUGAAAUCUUUAUGAGUAUCUCUCUUUUACAAAUUAAUCAAUCAAGUAUCUACUGCCUUGGUUUCUGCAUAAAUAGUUUUGAUGAGGCCACAUUUUCUUUAGGUUCACAAUAAACAUGAGUUUGUAACUUAGGAUAUCAAAAGCCUCAAAAUUUACUUUUGUUUGACUAUGAUUUCCGUUUAGUGAGGCCACAUUUUCUUUAGGUUUCUCUUGAAUUUGCAUAAGAUUUACUCAAUUUGAUUAUUAUUAUGGGCUGUUGGAUUUUUUAGCAAGAAGAAAUUUGAGUCUUGCAAGGACAGCUUCAAUCUUUAUAAUUUUGGAAGGCAGUAAUUCUGUUAUAUGAUAUUAUAAAUCAUAAAAGUCAUUGGAAAUUAUAUGAUAUUUGAAUUGUUAUUAGUAUAGAUCGUAUUUGCAGUUAACAUACAAAUACAAACACACCUUAAAAUUUGUUCUUCUAAAUCACUCUUUGCCACAUAAUGUUUUGUAUAUCAUAGACGUUUGAGUUUAAAUGAUUUCCCUAUAUAAUUAUAUAAAUCACUUUAGUGUUUAAAUACUUGAAUAAAAGAGUUCAUUAUUUACCGAGAUUACAACACCAGCUGCAUGGAGCAUGGCUCUAAAAGAUCCUCCACUUUGAUACAUGUCAUGUGGACCCUUGUUGUACUUCUUUAGCAACUUUUUUCUUUCCCCAGAGCUCACAUCACACUGCAGUAUUUUUUGGAAGUACUCACGUGAGUGUACUAGUUCAAUCAAAUCUUGAGAUGCUUCUAUGGAUGGUAAUAGCUGAAACCUGAAAGACAAAAUUAUUUAAAUAGAAUAACAUUGUAAAAUGGGGUUAGAAUAGCUUUAAAAUAUGUUUACACUUAAUUUUCUAUCUUUUACCUUAAAUGCAAACCAUCUUUCUUCAAAAGCUUCCAUAUUGCUUCAAUUCGCUUCGGUUUUUCCAAGUGGUCUUUCGGACCACUAUGCUUCAUCAUUAUGUCAUUAUAGACGACUCCAACCGUCUUUUGACACUAAGAUCAUUAAACGGGAAAAACCAAUCAAUAUCAACCUUCAAAAAUUAAUAGGCAGCCAUUUUUUAAUAGAUCAGUCUUUAAAUUCAUCUUUUAUAAUUAAAAACCUAAGCUGAUAUACGUCUCAUUCGCUACAAGAAGAAAAAGUUGAAGUGCAUGACAUAUGACCAUCAAGAGAGCAAUUUGACCACUAAGUAAAACAUGUAAUAUAUUUGUAUAUUAUAAAGCAUGUAAUAUAUUUAUAUAUUAACAAUUCUGAUCAUCUACGUAUUAAACUAUAUUAAUAAUGAGUCUUUACACCUCUAUGAUCCCCCGGUAGAUACAUGGAGUAAGGAAGAACAGAACUACCAGGUCGCAAGAUGAACUUCAACGGUUGCAUUUAAUUUAACUCAUAAGAUCAUUUAACAAAUGCUAGCAUCCGUAGUGAGACAAAUAAACAACAUGAAGCAAAUAGAAACGUGAUCUCAACUCUGAAGACAUGCAUAACAAAACCGCAUGGAAACUGUGUGAUUAUAUACAUGUGAGAGAGAGUGCAUGAACAAGAGACUUACACUAGUACGAUCAACAACUUUCUGUUCAUCACGUGUAGCUUUAGUAUGGCUAGACAUUACUACACUAUUGGUCAUGCUACAUUAAUUCACCCUUCCAAAGUUUGAAAAAGUUCUGAAAACAGUCCUGUAAUACAUAUUAGUAUAAUAGAAAACACGUCAAAAGUUGAGUACUAUUAUUAAAUAUAUUUGUGAAACAAAUAACUACUAAUAUAGGAUAACUAUAGCUCGGACUGUGAAUUGAAUAACUAAAUUGAAUACUAUCUGGGUUUUUAUGGUUUUUAUGGUCUAUAAAAACUUUGGAUACAACUAUAGUUAUUCAAUUUACAGUCCGGGCUAUAGUUAUCCUAUAUUAGUAGUUAUUGUUUUCACAAAUAUAUCUAAUAAUAGUACUCAACUUUUGACGUGUUUUCUAUUGUACUAAUAUGUAUAACAGGACUCUGUUCAGAACUUUUUCAAACUUUGGAAGGGUGAAUUGAUGUAGCAUGACCAAUAGUGUAGUAAUGUCUAGCCAUACUAAAGCUACACGUGAUGAACAGAAAGUUGUUGAUCGUACUAGUUGUCAAAAGAUGGUUGGAGUCGUCUAUAAUGACAUAAUGAUGAAGCACAGUGGUCGAAAAGACCACUUGGAAAAACCGAAGCGAAUUGAAGCAAUAUGGAAGCUUUUGAAGAAAGAUGGAUUGCAUUCAAGCUAUUACCAUCCAUAGAAGCGUCUCAAGAUUUGAUUGAACUAGUACACUCACGUGAGUACUUCCAAGAAAUACUGCAGUGUGAUGUGAGCUUUGGAGAAAGAAAAAAGUUGCUAUAGAAGUACAACAAGGGUUCACAUGACAUGUAUCUAUAUGGAGGAUCUUUUAGAGCCAUGCUCCAUGCAACUGGUGUUGUAAUCUCGGUAAAUAAUGAACUCGGUAAGUAUUUAAACACUAAAGUGAUUUAUAUAAUUAUAUAGGGAAAUCAUUAAAACUCAAACGUCUAUGAUAUACAAAACAUUAUGUGGCAAAGAGUGAUUUAAAAGAACAAAUUUUAAGGUGUGUUUGUAUUUGCUUUUUAAGGUGUGUUUGUAUUUGCUUUCACUUUUACGAAGUGAUUUAUUUUAGAAACUAUAUAAAAAUGAUUAAUAGUAAAAGUUUACGGCGUUUGAAAACUAAGAGCUCAUGUGUUUUACUGUUUGGUGAAAAAGUAAUUUUUCAUAGAAUAGAAAAUCAUCUUUAAGCCCUCUUUGAAUUGUAAACUUUGUUCAACUUUUAAUUUAAACUGUUGUAUUUCAAGUUGAAACACUUAAUAUAACAUUUUUUUAAUUUUUGAAAGAAAAGAAGAUGAAAUUACUUAUUUUUGAACCAUUGCAAACUUGCCCUUUUGCCCUUAAUAUCACACCUGUUAAUUAAAUAGGUACAAAGUUGACUAUAAUAUUAGAAUGUUGUCUAUUUUCUCUGGCCCAAAACUAUAAUAUUAGAAUGUUGUCUAUUUUCUUUAUUCACUUUCUUAUGCCGUGAACCAGCUGAUUUCAUCUCCGCGGCCCGACCUCCUUUCUCUGACUUCUCUUUAUCUUCUUCGAUAAGUGUGUGAUGUUGUCGCAUUGGCAAUCCCUCAUAUUUAGCAAUCGGCUCUUUCAUUCUUGAACAUUUUCCCAACGUAAUUCACAGUUAGGAACUAAAGCGGCGUUUUCGGGAAAUUUGGUAGCGGGUAACUUUAUAUACUACAUAUAUAAAUAAUCAAUUUUGAAGGCUCUUUUAAUUGCUAUCUUUUUGUAGGUUCUCUAAAAUGAGAUUAGAAGUCAAGGCAAUGACUCUGAACUUAUUUGGCAUCCUUAAUUGUAGUUUUACAGUUUUACAUGGUAGCAAGAAUUUUCAAACUAAAGUUAAAAAUAAUUUGAUUUUAUUUCAAAUGUAUCCAUAUUCAUUACAUGCAUUGAGAAAUUGUGGUUUUACAGAUGUAUUUGGAACACAUAAGUUCAGAUUAUAGAAAUUUGUGAAUAUGACAUUUUCGGGGUUUCGAUUCUAGAAAUAAAUAUAGAUAUUGAAUUUGAAGACAAAUUUUUACAAACACACAGUCACAUGUGUGUGUGUAUUCUGCUAAGCUUUUGAAAAUAAUAAAUGUGACAUGGGAAAUGUAGUACUCCCUCCGUCCCACUAAGAUUGUCCCUAAGAUUGUCCCAUAUCGAAUUUGGUAAAGUUUGUGUGGCUUUAAAUCAUUUUUACUUUAUUCUUACUUUAUCAAUUCAAUAUCAACCACAAAAACUCAUUUUUCUUAAUAAUCGUGUCACCUCUUCAUGUCCGAGGACGGAGGUAGUACUAUUUAAGAAAGUACAUAAAUCUUAAUCCUGAAUUUUCAUAUCCAAAUUAUUUUUCAAAUAAUGACUUGUAUAUUCAGUUAUUUAUAGGAUUAUUAACAAACCUCGUUCUCAUCAUAACAAUAUCCAUUUGCACUUUUCAAUUUCUUUGGAAUUAUACAUCUUAGGAGAGUGUUGACAAAGUUUAAUACUUAGAAAUAUUAUAAUUUUAAUCUACAAAUCUAGAAUGCAAAAACAUUUUAACCGGCUAAGCAUGGUAUGGUUGUUACGUUGUACAUUGUCACCAAAGGGAUUCUUCUUCAUCAAGUACAAAUAUAAUCUAUAUGCAAAAAAAAGGUUAAACCGGUUAAACAUGCAUUGAUUGUUGUACAGUCACCAAAUGGAUUGUGUUCUUUAUUGUAAGAACAAUUGAUUUUAAAAACAUAUUUUUUAACAUAUUGCAUUUGGUUCAGAUUUAGUUUGGCAUCUAAAUGCUUUAAUUGUGUGGAAUCAGUUUGAUUUGAUUAAGUGUUUACAAAGUGGAUGUACUCCGUGAAAUCAAAGGAUUUUAAUGUUUGGAUUUAUUCGUCUGACCUAAUUUAAGGAAUAAAAAAUUCUUGUAUUCCAAUUUCCUGAUUUCAACAGUGUUUAAUAACAUAUUUAAAAUAUGAGUUUAAUAUGAUCUAUUUCAGAAAUGAAUUUUGCAAGGGAAGGUAUUUACGGAGUAUCUUAAAACAACAACUGCAAUUUUCUGCCCUUGAUUAUUUUAUUUUUUGUCUUGUAUUGUAAAACUAAUAUCUUCUCAACAGAAUUCAAGAUGCUCACUGGAUCAAAUAUAUGGUUUUAGUGAUUGUUAGGCACUCCUGUGCUUAGGUGAAUUUUCUGUGUAAUAGGUGUACUUUGUAACUGUUAGAACCCUCAAGUUCAAUCGGUAAUUUUGACGUAUAUUAGAGAACGAUAGAUGAAAAAAAGAAAAUACAGUUUGAGACACUUAAAGCAGUCUCCUCUCCCAAGUCUAUUUCCAGUCCAAAGUCUGCCUGCCCUCCCCCUCUUCUAUUCCUUCUAUUUAUUCUUUUCCAAUGAGGCUUCCCUCAAUCUAUCUAAUUACUUGGUCCAACCCAGUAUAACAUUUUAUUAAAAUAUUAAGCCCAUAAGUCCAGGUCUCUAUCAUCACUCCCCCUUUGACAACCACCUUGUCCUCAACCUUGACCUUCAACUUCAUCUUCAUCCUUGCGCCUCUACCUUCCCAGUAUCUCACGGAUUUCUGAACCCAUAGCUUCCUGAUUUGAGCCUUCAUCAUCACUCCAUCCAUAGCCAGAAAGAGCAUAGCAAGAAAGAGCAGAGGCAAGGACUUUGUUGCAUACUGCUCCACAAUGUUGCAGAGGUUAAAAUCUCUCAGCAACUGCUGAAACCUUACUGCUGCUUUAUAGUACAUCUGCACCACCUCUAUCAAUUUCUGAGAUAUGAGAUUAAGAGUGGCCCCAGACUUCAGUAAUAUCAGAAUCUGUUUGCUUUCCUUGUUCGUCUGUAGCUCUCCUUGUACCGUGAAGGUUCUAGGGAAUAUGAGUCCCUCUUUGCUUAGGGCAGAUGGUUGCAAGUGUUUCACCUCUCCCUCAAUUUCCUCUUCAAGAUCAGGCCUGUGAUCUCUUGAUAACUCAAGUGCCUUAUUCUUCCUAUAUAGGACACAACGAGAAUCGCCUACAUUUGCAACUAUAAAUGCUUGAAAUUCAUUUUGACCCAAGUCUGGUUGAAACCUUCUGAUCCCUGAAUCCUUCAGAUCAUCUGCACCUCCUUGAUUGAUACUGACAGUAUCAUAAGUUGCAUAAAAAACAUAAAAAUUUGUCAAAUGCUCCACAUUUUGUGCCUCCAAGAUAUAGUCAUUCUCUUUAAACAUAUGCAUACACUCGUGCAGCUCCACAGCGCUCAAUGUUGCUGCCAUCAGAUUUCAGAAUAUAUAACAGCCAAAGCACCGAGUCUGGGAAAUUUUCUUCUCUCAUUUCCCAUAUAAAAGAGCCCAUAGCUCUUGGAGCAACAGAAUAAACCUCUGGAGUAGGAUAUUGAAGAACUUCAGGUGCAAAUCUACCUUCAAACAGCCCUCUACUUGUUUCAGGAUCUCCAUAUGUAUUUAUGGCAAAUACGCAGUAGUGCAACCACCUGCCUACAGAAUAUAUCCUUCCUUGAUUUGCUCGCUCGUGUACCUUAACAGUUUUAUCCAUCAAACCCAUCUGUGCCUCGUGAUUUGCAUAUUUCUUCCAGUCAACAAAAAAUGCAUACUUCUUCAUAAAGUUCCCCUCUGCUACUUUCUCAGUUUCCUCUAUUCGUGCAGUCCAGGCACCAAAAUCUAGAAAAUUGGUUCUCACAAGGCUCCCUAAUCUUCCCUCUUCAUGAUAUAUUGCAAAACCAUCUACUGGCAUACCUUUAACAUUUUCACCAAUUAUUAAAGCAUCUGGGAAGAGGCCAGGAUUGAGAUUAUUGUCAAUCAUUAGAAACAUGUCAGCGUCAACAUCAGUAACAUCACCAAUCUUUUCCUUCCAAUUCUCAGUAAUUCCAAGACUGGAUAACCACUCCAAACCCCGAAUUAGAUCAGUGCCUCCCAAGUCCAACAAGUAAAAGUCCUGUAUAAUCAUGAAGUUCUGGAUCCAAAAUUGCAAGCUUUCACAGAUGCCCCGAUAAGAAAUUUUUUCUUCAAUUCCCAACUCCACUUGGAAUCGUCUCAGUCCCCCCUUCCAUGUCUGGCUUGAUCCUGGGAUUGCCCCAGCCUUGCUAUCAGAUGUUACUUUGUUCCCCAAAGUGUUGUGACUGGAAUUUCUCCUCCAUUUCAGGCCUUCCCCUCCAUUCAGUGGUUUGCUCAACAUACCCCUCUUGUUUUUCCAACCUCUUUUGUCCUUGUUAGCAGCAUUUUUUUCUUCAAGGAGAAGGGCCCUGUCCAUCAAGUCAACCAAAUUUCGUGAAUGAUACAGUUUAAAGUCGGCUCUAAUCUCUUCCCGUAAUCCAUUCAUGAAUAUACUUUUAAGCAUCUCAGCUCGCAUUUCCUGCUUUAACCUAUUAAUGAAAAUGUCUUUAAACAUCUCAGAAUCCAUGAAUCUCAUAGAAGUUAUCACCAAUUCAUAUAUCUCGUCAUCUGAUCCCUUUCGGUUCAAGUAUUUUUGAGAAUUUGGGAAUAGGAGGGACACCAGAGUCAGAGUUGAUACUUCUUCAGUAGGUGAAACUUUUGAGAUACAAUGAUCACAGUCCACCAGCAAAUAACAGUAUCCCCUCACCUGCUAUGCAUUCUCAUCACCCCAACUUCCUGCUUGUUUUUCCACAACUUUGAUUACCUUAACUAGUGCUUGUUCUAUAAUGUUCUGCUUCAUCAUGGAAACCCCUUCUCUUUUGCGGAUGAUCUUAUUGUUUUUUCCAAUGCUGAAAAAAAACUCUUACUCUGUUAAAAAAGAUUAUUACUGAUUAUGAAAGUUAUUCUGGGCAGCUAAUUAGUAAGGAUAAAAGCUUUUACAUUGUUUCCAAGCAUGCUACAAACCAUUCUAACACUAUCCUUGAUAAUAUCUUCAAUAUCAAGAAGGGUACUUUUCCUUUUACCUAUCUUGGUUCUACCAUCUUUACUGGAAGGCCCCUAAAUGCUUAUUAUGAGCACAUCAUUACUAAGCUUGGUAAUAGGUUAGCUGGUUGGAAACAUAAACUGCUUUCUCCUGGGGGUAGAAUUGUCCUUAUUAAGAACGUUCUCAGUACUGUCCCUCUUUAUUAUAUGGCCACCUCCCUCCUUCCCAGAACCAUUAUUCAAAAAAUUGAGAAGAAACUUUCUAAGUUUCUGUGGGAUAAUCUUGGGAAUAACCAUAAGCAUGUGUGGCGUGCGUGGCGUAAGUGUUGUUACCCUGUUAAUAAGAAUGGUUUGGGUCUUCGUAGUCUACACCAUAUUCAAAAGACCUUUUUCCUUGAGCUUCAUUGGAAGAUAAAAACAACAUUGGUCUUUGGGCUAAUUGGGUUAAUGCUCUCAGUGAUACUAACCGUUCGAUUAUGGGUAAAGCCCUUAGUUAUGUUUGUCAUAUUUUUGAUGAAAACUGUUGUAUUCAGGUUAAUGAUGGCUCCAGCUCUUUCUGGUUUGAUAAUUGGUGUGACAUUGGCCCUCUUUAUCUUCUUUUUGAUGAUAUUCCUCUCAACCUUAGCCAAUUUACCAUAAGGGAGGCUAUGCCCGACAACAACCUUAUCCUCCCUCCCUUAUACAAUACCUUGCCAAGAUACCUCAGGGAUCAAAUCACAACUAGCAAAAUUUAAUACACUGAUAGGGUGGAUGGCUACCUUUGGAAACCUAACCCAAAUGGCAAUUUCAGCUUUUAUAGCGCCUAUGAUGUGAUUAGGCCUAGAAUGACGAUUACAUCUUCUUCCAAAUUUGUGUAGAAUAGCACGACUCCAAAAAAAAUUCCUUUUUAAUAUGGAAGCUUGAAAACUGUUUAUUACCCUUUGAAAAUCAAUUAAACCAUUUUGGGAUUUCUGGCCCCUUCAAAUGCCCUAUGUGCUGUACUAAUGAUACCAUUGAUCAUUUUUUCCUGGUUUGUAAUUUCACAAAAGCUGUCUGGAAGCACUUUGAAACCAUUUUUAACUUUACUCCCAGACACACUAAUGUUAUACAUAACUACAUUUUGGGGUGGUACGAGGACUUCAAGGGUAAUGUUGAGGACCUUAACCAUGUUAUUCCAAACACCGUCAUAUGGAAUCUCUGGAAGAUUCGUAAUAGGUUCAUCUAUGAUAAUAAAAGGCCAACCUUCUCGAGGCAAUCCGUGCUAUAAAGGUUGAUAUCUUUGCCAGUUCAAAUGCAUAGGCGCCUAUGUUCCAUCCAAGCACCAGACAGCUGAUAUUCUGACCACGGCCCUCGGACGUGACACAUUUCAGUUCUUAUCCAGCAAGAUUGGAUUGAUUAACAUCUACACCAAGCUUGAGGGGGAGUGUUGAAGAAUAUAUUAUUUGCGUGUAUAUCUAGUUUUCCAUAAUUAGAUUUAUUCUGUCUUUACUAAUGAGAUUUAUUCUGUACUAAAUAGGAAGUUAAAUCACUGUAAUCUCUUGAGAUCUCCUAAGGCAGGUCUCUAUAGUAAUUUUAAUAUAAUAUAUACCUGUACAUCAUUCGAGGAUAAUUCAAUAUAAAAAAAACUGAGAAGGAUUUCUCAC